UCGCACGGACGCAUAUUGCCUCCGUUGGCCGCCGUUCUGGUCCGUUCCGGGUCGCUUCUUGGGCCCCGGGAGGUAUGUACUCACGGCGACCGGCUACUGGAAGUUUGUCCCAAAUCGUCGUGUCGCGUUCUCGAGGCAGAUCUCAAGCAACUUGCUAUCAACUGAUAUAAGUGCCUCGGUGCCCUUCGUUGACUGCAGAUCAACAUGGUAUUCUCCCCAACUGCUACUGGUGUUGCCACUGCAUUACUAUUGGUAACCCCGUAUACGCCGAACAUUGCUACCGUCGAAACUACACCAGGUUGUUUAACAGACAACUUCUAUGGAACAUACGGAGGACGGAGCAUUUUCCAUCUCUCACCUACUUGCCUCGAAACCAGCUCUUUCAAUGGCUUAGAAGCGGCCUCUCUGGUUCCAUAUGUUGCCAACAGUGACCGUCAACUUAUAUGGCUGCAAGAGUCGGCUAUCGACAGUGCUCUAGUAACUCCAGAGUACAAGGCGGAGGUCCAAGGUUUCUUUAGGUGGUUGAGAGAAGACGGAUACUCCAUGGGAGGCGGUCAACAACUGUCUGGUUAUCAGCAUUUGCUGUCUUCUGCAGAUGAGCCUGGGGUAGAGUUGCACUUGGUGGACUUGCAGCCAGCGGGGGGAUCCUAUGGACUCAUAACCGUCGAACCAAGUCUAGCGCCCAGCAUUGAGGCGUUGCUCCCUCGUUACUGGAAGCCAUAUACUCUAUCCAUGCAACCCAGGUCGUUUCUUCCGGUCCCAAAACCUGCUAUCGAGCAUGUCAAGAACCUCCUUGAGACCGUUCGCUUCGACCCAGUCGUCUCAUCAGUCGUAAACAGCAUCUCAUUGGAUCAGAUGCGUGACGACAUCAGAUGGCUCACGGGUGAGGAUGGAGAGUCCGGAAUUGUCUCCCGCCACUCGUUUGCGGAGGGCUCCCGCGUCGCUGCUAAUUGGCUCAAGGAGCGUUUUGAGGAGACGGGCGCAACUUGCGAACUCAAGACCUUCAUGUUCGGAUUCGCGCCGAAUGUAGCCUGCAAAUACCCUGCUUCUGUGGACACAACGUCCACUGUUCUCAUUUCCGGGCAUUACGAUUCUCGUGGUUCCUUUGGUUCACAGAGGGCUCCUGGAGGAAACGAUGACGGCUCAGGCACUGUUGCCCUGCUCGGAAUCGCACGUGCCGUUGCCCGCUCCGGUCUCACGUUCCGCAGCAACGUAGAGCUCGUCGCUUUCGCAGGCGAGGAACAGGGCUUGUACGGUUCAAAGGCUUACGCCCGCGAGAUGCGCGAGAAGGAUGCAAAUAUCACUGUGAUGAUUCAAGCUGAUAUGCUUGCGUACCAUGCCCCUGGCGAACCUCCUCAACUUGGACUUCCGAUGUACAUCGGUACUCCAGAAGUGGCUCAACUUGUUUCAAACAUGUCAGCCAUCUACAGCCCUGAGCUUACUGUGGGCUACACUGCUGCAUGUUGCAGUGAUCAUCAGUCCUUCCAUGAGCAAGGAUAUGCCUCGACCCAAGUGUUUGAGCGUGCUGGCCCAAUUGCGGACCCCAUGUACCACAACAGUGGUGAUCUCAGCGAGCGUCCUGGCUACGACUUGAGCCAAAUUCGCUCUAUUGCGAAAGUUCAGUUUGCUACCCUGCUCCAUGCCGCAGGGUUCGAUCUUCCCACUAAUGAAGACUUAUAUUGAUGUAAACUCUGCUAAGCAUACCACAGAGAGUAAAGUAUUCAUGUAUAUCCCUUCAGUCGAGGAAAGCAAUCAUUUUUAACUUUGA